AUUAUUUUUUGUUGUGUUUAUUUUGUCAGAAAUUGAGAGGAAGCCAUCCAAGUUACUGAUAUUUGUUGGUUUGGGAAGGUUCAUCUUUAUCUAUGCCGUCUCUUCAGCUAUUGCAGUUAACUGAACAUGGUCAUAGCCUUUUGGCCUCAAGGAGGAAAGCAAUACUACUUGCUACUGGUGUCGUGGUUGCUGGUGGGACAGCUGCAUACUUGCGAUCAAGAUAUUGUGGCAAAAGGCCUGAUUGUUUUGGUCACUACAAUGGGCUCAGUGAUAAUAAAGAACAAUUAGAGAAGGUGGUUGGGAAUGAAAAUAUUGUAAAGAAAAGUAGGCAAAAAAAGAAAGGUGGAUUGAAGUCACUUCAGGUUUUAGCUUCAAUUCUUCUAUCUCGUAUGGGGCGAAUUGGGGCAAGGGAUCUUCUCUCUUUAUUGGGCAUAGUGGUGUUGCGAACUGCUUUAGGCAAUAGAUUAGCAAAAGUGCAAGGAUUCCUAUUCCGUGCUGCUUUUUCUUCGAACAGAACUCUUGGAAUAGGAAAUCCAGCCAUCCAAGUUGCGUUUUCCAAUGUGUUUGAUUCCAUCAGAGUUCUAAACUUUGUUUUAAUACAUAUGUUUCAAAACAUGAUUUUCAUGGAUACUGCUUAUGGUUUUAAUCUUAUUGGAACUUGUUUUGCAAUCUCGUUUGAAGGUCCUAAUGGUAGCGGCAAAAGCUCACUUUUCCGAGUUUUAGGAGGACUUUGGCCACUGGUGUCUGGCCAUAUUGUGAAACCUGGAUUUGGUUCUGAUCUUAAUAAGGAGAUUUUCUAUGUGCCACAACGACCAUAUACAGCAGUAGGAACUCUUCGUGACCAGUUAAUCUAUCCCCUUACUGCAGAUCAAGAGGCUGAGCCACUGACACACGGUGAAAUGGUUGAACUGUUGAAAAAUGUUGAUCUUGAGUACUUAUUAGAUCGUUACCCAUCUGAAAAAGAGAUAAAUUGGGGUGAUGAACUAUCUUUGGGAGAACAACAAAGAUUGGGAAUGGCCAGACUCUUUUACCAUAAGCCCAAAUUUGCUAUUCUUGAUGAAUGCACCAGUGCCGUGACAAAUGACAUGGAGGAGCGCUUCUGUGCCAAGGUCAGAGCAAUGGGAACAUCUUGCAUCACCAUAUCCCAUCGCCCUGCACUAGUGGCAUUUCAUGAUGUGGUUCUGUCCUUGGAUGGUGAAGGAGGCUGGCAGGUUUAUUACAAGAGGGAGGACUCUGCAGUUCUUGGUGAAGCUGGGGUCAAUAUGAUGAAACCUUCUGAAACAGAACGCCAAAGUGAUGCUAUGGCAGUUCAACGUGCAUUUGCAAGUGCAAAAAAGGAUUCUUCAAUCUCAAAUUCAAAGUCACAAUCAUAUGUUUCGAAGCUAAUAGCAGCAUCCCCCCCUGUGAAUCAUGAUGUUCCAUUGCCCCUAGUUCCACAACUCCAAACUGCUCCAAGGUUAUUGCCGUUGAGAGUAGCUGCCAUGUUUAAAAUACUGGUACCCACAGUGCUUGAUAAGCAGGGAGCACAACUCCUUGCAGUUGCUGUACUUGUGAUUUCGAGAACUUGGAUAUCAGAUCGCAUUGCCUCUUUAAAUGGGACGACUGUAAAGUAUGUUUUAGAGCAAGAUAAGGCGGCCUUCACUCGGUUGAUUGGUGUUAGUAUUCUUCAGAGUGCUGCAUCUUCUUUUGUUGCACCUUCUUUGAGGCACUUGACAGCAAAGCUUGCCCUCGGAUGGAGGAUUCGAUUGACACAACAUUUACUAAAGAACUACUUGAGAAAUAAUGCAUAUUACAAGGUAUUCCAGAUGUCAAGCAUGAAUAUCGAUGCAGAUCAGAGAAUAACUCAAGAUCUGGAGAAGUUAACCGGUGACUUGUCAGGGCUGGUUACUGGAAUGGUAAAGCCAACUGUUGACAUUUUAUGGUUCACCUGGAGAAUGAAGCUGCUGACUGGAAGGAGGGGAGUUGCUAUUUUAUAUGCUUAUAUGUUACUGGGUCUGGGUUUUCUAAGGAGUGUUGCUCCUGAUUUUGGUGAUCUGGCAAGUCGAGAGCAACAACUUGAAGGAACCUUUAGGUUCAUGCACGAGAGAUUGCGUACCCAUGCUGAAUCUAUUGCUUUCUUUGGGGGUGGUGCUCGGGAAAAAGCGAUGGUUGAAUCAAGAUUUGAGGACCUUCUUGAUCACUCUAAGUUACUUCUUCAAAAGAAAUGGCUAUUUGGUACACUUGAUGACUUCAUCACAAAGCAGCUCCCACAUAAUGUUACUUGGGCUUUGAGCUUGUUAUAUGCUAUGGAACACAAGGGGGAUCGGGCCUUGACUUCCACUCAAGGUGAACUGGCUCAUGCACUGCGUUUCUUAGCAUCUGUUGUAUCUCAAAGCUUUUUGGCUUUUGGUGACAUUCUUGAACUGCAUAGGAAGUACCUCGAGCUCUCUGGAGGUAUUAAUCGAAUUUUUGAGCUGGAAGAGCUUCUAGAUGUUGCUCAAAAAGAUAAUCCUGUUGCUCUCAUUGAAUCACCGACUAAUUUGACAGAAUCUCAAUCUAAUGAUCUCAUUUCCUUCUCCAAAGUGGGUAUUAUUAGCCCAUCUCAGAAACUGUUGGCUAGGAAGUUGACUUGUGACAUACUACCAGGGAAAAGCCUGCUUGUUACUGGUCCAAAUGGAAGUGGAAAAAGUUCUAUCUUCAGAGUCCUUAGAAGUCUUUGGCCCAUUGUAAGAGGAAGACUUGUUAAGCCGCACCAACAGCUCGAUGAGGAUACUGGAUACGGCUGUGGUGUCUUUUAUAUACCGCAGCGACCUUAUACAUGCUUGGGAACCCUAAGGGAUCAAGUCAUAUAUCCACUCUCUCUUGAGGAAGCAAAGCAAAGGACAUUACCUUCGUAUAGAGAAGGUCAAACAUCAGUCAAUGCGACAAGUAGUCUUGAUGCACAUUUAAAAACUAUUCUAGAAAAUGUUAAAUUGCUUUAUCUUCUGGAAAGAGAAGGCAGCUGGGAUACUUGUCAGAAUUGGGAAGACAUCCUAUCGCUUGGAGAGCAGCAAAGAUUAGGCAUGGCACGCCUCUUCUUUCACAAGCCAAAAUUCGGCAUCCUUGAUGAGUGCACCAAUGCCACAAGUGUUGAUGUUGAAGAGCAUCUAUAUAGGCUUGCAAGUAAUAUGGGGAUCACAGUUGUUACCUCCUCACAGCGUCCUGCUUUGAUACCAUUCCAUUCAACGGAAUUACGAUUGAUUGAUGGCGAGGGCAAGUGGGAGCUUCGUGCAAUUAAUCAGUGAGUUGACAAAUUCCAGUGCCCAUUCCUACCAUAUAAUUCAUCACCAUGUUCUGUAUGUGGUAGUGAGUGCAAGCCAAUUUUGAUUUAGCUGUCCCAACGGUUACUGUGGUCACACCACAAGCUGUGGUGGCAUACAAACAUCAAGCAAUUAAAGUGACAGAAAGCUAAUCUUAUCACAUCUUUUUGUUCUGUCACGUAAAACAAAAUUAGAGAAUACAAAGCAUGGCAUUAUUUCUUGUCAUAUAUGAAAAAAAAAUUAUGUACAGGCAUAUUUUUCUUGCUAAGUUGCUAGCUAUUAAUGGUUUGUUGGUCCUUUUAUGCUGUAGAAACUUGAUGCCUAAUCAUUUUGGUUAGCCCCCUCAUUAAUCAAAAUAAAUUGCAGGGAAUCUUGGUGUCCCUUAAA